UUGUCUUGGGGCUGAAAAACAGUGACAUCUCCCUUAAGGGGGUAACUGGGCUGUAUUGUGAAUUUUUACAUGGAACUCCUACACCCAGAGAAGCCAUACGAGAAACUUAAGAGCCUGCUUCAGCAACUCAUCACUUCACCUUUCUGAGCAUCAUCACCAACUGAACUUGAGAACAGGCUUACCAUGGCAACAUCAAAUGAUUUCCCUGCCAGUUUCUAUGGUGAACCGGGAGUACUUGGCAUGCUAGCCAAUGGGAUCAGUGCAUUCCUUGUACUUCUACAGAACUUCAAUGCUGCACGCACUGGAAUACAGCCAGAAGGGGUAGAGAACAUUCUUGCAGGUGUUCAUCUCAUCGUGAUUGGUGGUAUAUGUCAACUGAUAGCUGGCUUGCUGUCAUUCCGAAAAUAUGACCACCUAAGUGGCACUGCUUUCAUUGGGUAUGCUGCUCUCUGGGCCAGUUAUGGUGCUACCCGGAUCUACAAUGGUGCUGCAGUUGAAACUCCCACUACAGAAAUGAUCCUACCGAUUAUGAACAACAUGUCCUUGUCAGAUAACCUGACUCUUGCUAGUAAUUCAUCCUCGUACCUAACAGAAUCAGCUAUCUCCGGCCUGAUACCCUAUAUUCUACUCUCUUUUCUCCUUGCUUUUUGCUCUGCCACAGUCAACUACAUCAUGCCUUUUGUUUUUGGGGCCAUCACGUUAACCCUAGUGUUUGAAGCAGUGGCUCUGGUGGCCAGUUCAUGGGCACUUGUAAUCUCUGGGAUCCUGGAGCUUCUCAUUUUGCUCUUUGCUAUCUACGGCUCGGCUGCACUUCUUGCCAAAGGCCUCACUCAACGUUUAUCACUCAAGGGCUUUGGAACUCCCCUCUUCAACGUCCUUCUGCUAGGCACGGCCAAUUCAGCAAGUAACCAGUCUGUUGGCCAGGAGAAAAAGAAGAACACAAAAUAUGCUGAACCAAUGGCCCUGGGUUUUUUAUGCGACACUGUUUCUCCAUUUGUCUUUCUUUUCUACAGCUUUGGAUAUAUGAAGUCCUUUGCAUUAGGUGUUACAUGGGUCUCUAUUAUCUCAGGUGCCCAGCUGCUCUCCAGCUACUAUGCCCACUUGCGCCAAGAUUGCUACCAUACCACUAAGUUUGGCCUUCAUGCUACAUACUGGCUUAUCAAGGCCUGGGAGGAGUUUGUGGCAUAUACUCUGAUUAUAGAGGACAGUAAAGUGGCUUCUGCGAGAGAACACAUGGUGGGGAACUGGUUCUUUGUGGCAGCAGCUUUAGUGCUCUGCAUAGGAAGCCUCAAAACAGAUACCAUGGAGUUGAUUCAUAAUGUACUGUUUUUUCUGCUCACAAUCUCCACUGUCCCCCAGAUCCCUCUUAAAGGAUACUACAUAUUUUUUGGUGUAGUCUGCUCCCUGUUUACCGCAGCUUCACUAUAUGGCACCUUCUCCCGUCUCAUCAACUCCAUUGCAGAGAAAUCCCUGAUCCCUGUAGGCUUCCAGCCCAUCUCAAAUGAUAAACUUAUGAGGAUUCUGGGUUGCUGCAGGUCCAAAGUAAGAGAUCAGGGGCUGUCAGUCCAUACUGAUCAGACUCCAGAUGCCUUGUUCUACCUCUGCAAUGGUAUGGCAGCUCUCUCAGCACUCCAUACUAGUGUGUCCAGCAUGAAUUCUUCCUUUCUCCAUCUGACUGUUCCUUGGGUGCUCAUAUCUGGAGGCCUCAUCCAGGCAUAUGUCAGCCGGCUGCAGGUCCGGCAAGGAGGACGCUUUGGAUCGGUUAUCCCAUCCUUUUACCUAGCAGUGUGGGCUGCCUGGACUUGGUUUAGGUUUGCAGGUAACUUGCUCCAGCAUUCUGCAACGGCAACCUCCGGUUUCACAGCGGGAGCCAUUGCUUUUCUGGUCAUUAAUGCUUUCCUUAUGCUGAUUGCGGCAUACAAAAACUUGGUUCUGCUGUUUCUAACAACAAUCAUGGAGGUGGUACUGGUGUGUUUCCUUCUCUCCACCCUGCAGAAACUGCCAUACCAACUAGAAAUUGCCAUGCUCGCAGUGUUCUCAAUAAUUUGUAUAUAUGGAGCCUUGGCAUCACUGGUCAACUGCAUCUUCUCACAAACACUGCUGCCAAUGGGCCCAUGCAUAUUAAAGCAUGACAAGAAGCAGGAGGCAGCCCAAGAGCUACCUUGUGCUGUGGCUGACUCUCGACUUACAAGUGGUCUUCUAAAGAUCUCUGGACUACUGGAGGAAGGUGGUGUGUGUGGUAUCCCAACUGACACAGUGUAUGCCCUGGCUGCAUCCUGCAAAAAACCCCAGGCCAUAGAGAGGAUCUACAGCAUUAAAGACAGACCAGCAGAAAAACCCAUUUGCAUUUGUAUUUCAAGCGUGGAGCAGCUGGUGGCAGUCAAACCCCCCUUCAGUUCGCUUCUCUGGGAGUUCAUGAGAAAUGUGUACCCUGGAGGCAUCAGCUGCAUCGUCAGCAAGGGAGACUGGCUCUUCAGACUGGGUUUGGGACCAGCUUAUGACCGUGUGGGGACAAAUGACAGCAUCAUGAUCCGUGUCCCUGACCACACCGUGACCGCACACCUGUGCCACAUCACCGGACCGCUCGCUAUUACCUCCGCCAACCCAAGCGGUGAACCGGACAGUACGCACCACAGCAUGGUGAUCAGCCGACUGGGACACAAGAUCCAGGGGGUGCUAUGUGAUGGGGAGUCUAAUGAAGUUGUGGCCUCCACUGUGGUCAACUGCCUAAAGAUUGAUGAGGGGACCAUUACUAUUGUGAGGGAAGGCUGUGUCCCUGCAGCUAAAGUUCGACAGAUCUUUGACUGUGUGAAAAGCAGUAUGCUGUGAUGCUUUUUUUCCCCACUCAGGAAAUAUUUUUUAAAUGGAAAAUAUCACUUGAAAGACUUAUUGAAGUAGAUUGGAGGUUGGAAAUUUGAAAAAAAAAAUGUAGUUUUAUAUUGUUUGUUAUUUCUGAAUAUAUAAACCAUGUCAGCGUAUUAGUUUCAGAGGAUAUAAUAGCAUGAUUGUUUUAAAAAUAAAGUUUAUUAUAAAAGUAUGAAUUAUUUUUGUACUUGUAAGUCUUAAUCACCCUACAUUUAGGUUAAUGGGAAUUGUUAAUACUUUGUAAUUUUGCUUCCUUGCUGCUCUAUGUUUAAACUAAUUUUAUAAUCUUGGAUAGAAUAUUUUUUUAAACUUUUUUUCUCUAAUGCAGUAUGAAAAUAUUAGAAUAUACAGGGAAAUUAAGUUGUUCAAAAGGGACAAUAACUCAACAAAACUUAUAAAUGAUCAAGCUAUUCUUUCACUAUUAUCUUUGAUAGCUUUUUCAGUAUGGAAUGCCAUGUCAAUUCUAUGCAGUGUUUAAUGUUAUUCACAACUUUGAAAUAAAACUAUUG